AUGACGCGCAUUUGUUGUACAUUUUGUGAUAUGUGCUUCGGAAAACCAUCUCGACUUGAGGCACAUCUGAGAAUCCACACUGGAGAGCGUCCAUAUGUGUGUAUUUGUGGUAAAAACUAUACACGGAAACAACAUUUAACUCGUCACGCUUCAAAAUGUCCCAAAACUAUUCCAGAAAACAACUUAUCUAAUCAAAAGGAGCCAGUAAGAGUCGAAAAAACCUAUUCGUGUUCACAAUGUUCUGCUGGACCUUUUCAAAAAAAGAAAAUGGUAUCGGCUCAUAUGGCUGUAGUUCAUGGCGAACGGAAGCAUGUAUGUGACAAAUGUGAUCGAGCGUUUCCUACGGCAUCUAAGCUUAAACGUCAUUCAUCAAAACAUCAUGGUUACACAUGUAAGCUGUGCUCUGAACAACUAUGUGAAAACCCUGAAGACGAAGAAUCAGUUGCUCUCAAACCCAUUCAUUUUGAAAGUUUUGCGUGUUUGAGACGCCAUAUUGCUGAAGCUCACCCCAAAACACCUUUGCAAUGUCCUACUUGUAAUAUGCGUUUUACAAGACCUGCUGCACUAGCAGAACACAAAUCUACACAUACCCCUGGUGGACCGUCUGUAAGACGACGUUUUAUUUGUCCUUUAUGCUCACCUGAUGUUACGGGUGAUAAAGAUAAUUCCAACUCACAAGAAAAAGAUUGUCUUGUUGCAUUUACAGCCAAAAGAAAUUUAGAUGCUCAUAUGCGUUUAGUGCAUGCUAACCUUAAGUUUCCAUGUACUUGGCGUGGAUGUCCUGUUCUUUUGUCUACCAAACAAAAACUGAAUGAACAUAUGGAACGUCAUCGACUAGGCAAGUCAGUUGCUUUCAAAAGCGAAAUAGACGUAAUUCACGUAAUGAUUCAAGUAGAAAAUUUAAUGAUAAUAAAAAUUUAUCAGUGA